GCUCUCCUUCCACAGAUGAAGCCCCAGGAGAAACCACACUGUGAAAAUCUCACAAAGCUGAUGGACUUUGUCCUGUUGGACUUUGCUGAGCUUCCCCACCUCCAAGGGCUGCUAUUUGCCUUGUUCUUGGUCAUCUACAUCUUCAUCCUGCUGGGCAAUGGCACUAUAUUGCUCAUAACCAAAGUGGACCCUGCUCUCCGCACCCCCAUGUAUUUUUUCCUUGGCAACUUCUCCUUCCUGGAAAUGUGCUAUGUAUCAGCCACUCUCCCCAGGAUGCUCAAUAGUCUUUGGACCCAGAGAAGAACCAUUUCUUUAGUAGCCUGUGCCACACAAAUGUGCUGUGUGAUUGUGCUGGGAGCCACGGAGUGCUUCCUUCUGGCUGUAAUGUCCUAUGACCGCUAUGUGGCCAUCUGUAGCCCUCUGCACUAUCCUCUGCUCAUGAACCCCAGGGUCUGUGUCCAGAUGGUGGCUGGUUGCUGGGUGACUGGAGUUCCUGUCCAGAUCGGGCAGACAUUCCAGAUUUUCUCUCUAUCAUUCUGUGGCUCUAACCUCAUCAACCACUUCUUCUGUGACAUCCCUCCAAUACUCAAGCUGGCCUCUGGGGACACUUUUGUGAAUGAGAUGGUGGUCUACUUAGUUAUUGUGUUGUUUGUAGCAGUUCCUUUUCUCUUGAUACUGUUCUCCUAUGGAAAAAUUAUCUCCACGAUCCUCAGACUGUCAUCAUCCACAAGUCGGGCCAAAGCCUUUUCCACCUGCUCAUCUCAUCUUGUUAUCGUGACAUUGUUUUUUGGAUCAGGCAUCAUCACCUAUUUAAGACCUAAGAACCAAGAUUCAGGAGGGACAGACAAGGUGCUCUCCCUGUUCUAUACUAUUGUGACUCCUCUGUUUAACCCCAUGAUAUACAGUCUGAGAAAUAAGGAUGUUACAAUGGCACUGAGAAAAUUCUUUCCUAAAUAA